UCUUUUCACUGGCUGCAAACUAGAAAAUGCCCACGAUCUGCUUCUUUUUGCAUUGUUAAGAUAUUACAGUAAAGGCUCUUGCAGUGGGAGGUGGCUUCUUGGCCAAUGGAAACGUCGGGAGUGCUGCCGGGCGAAUCUGACUGGGUUUGGAAGCGGCACUUGCCCAAUAGAGGGAGCAGGAUAAUUGGGAACGCCACCCAAUCAGAACCUGAACGACCUGGCCUCAGCCAAUAGAAAACAUGGGUAAGCCCGUCCAGUAGACCGAAAGGAAACGGGAAUCCUGUCCCAUGGCGCUUGAGGAAGGACAUUCACAGCCAAUGAGCGAACGGCUCGCGGCGGGCCAGACCAAUCGGCGCGCGUGUAGGUGUGCGCAGGCGCGGCCUGCAGUCCCGGCAGCUCGAGCGGCCGAGGGGAGAAAGCGGGCGGAGCGCGAGCGCGCGGAGAGACCAACGGAAAAUGCCGAAUAAAAGCAAGAAAGACAAGGAGCCCAACAAACCCAGCAAGAGCACCAAGAGCGGCGGCAAAGAUGGUGCCGAGAACACGGAAGAGGUCCAGCAGCAGCCAGGUGCAAAUAAACGUCCCAGUAACAGUGCUCCACCUCAAACCCAACUCAAUAAAAUCAAAUACUCUGGAGGGCCGCAGAUUGUGAAGAAAGAGAGACGUCAAAGCUCAUCUCGCUUCAACCUAGCAAAAAACCGAGAACUUCAGAAACUACCAGCCCUUAAAGAUGCACAGACUCAUGAGAGAGAAGAUUUGUUUGUUCAAAAGUUACGACAAUGCUGCGUCCUCUUCGAUUUUGUCUCUGACCCCCUCAGUGACCUCAAAUACAAAGAGGUGAAGCGAGCAGGUUUGAACGAGAUGGUGGAGUACAUCACACACAACCGGGAUGUCAUUACAGAAGCUAUUUACCCUGAGGCUGUUAUUAUGUUUUCAAUAAACCUGUUCAGGACAUUACCACCAUCAUCUAACCCCACUGGGGCCGAAUUUGAUCCAGAGGAAGAUGAACCUACACUUGAAGCAGCCUGGCCACAUCUCCAGCUUGUCUACGAGUUUUUCCUGAGGUUUUUGGAGUGUGCUGAUUUUCAACCAAAUGUAGCAAAAAAAUAUGUCGACCAGAAAUUUGUCCUGUCGCUGUUGGAAUUGUUUGAUAGUGAAGAUCCAAGGGAAAGAGAUUUCCUCAAGACUAUCCUUCAUAGGAUCUACGGCAAGUUUCUGGGCUUGCGGGCGUAUAUCCGGAGACAAAUAAAUAAUAUCUUUUACAGGUUUAUCUACGAGACUGAGCACCAUAAUGGAAUUGCAGAACUUCUAGAAAUUUUGGGCAGUAUAAUCAAUGGGUUUGCAUUGCCAUUGAAAGAAGAGCAUAAAAUGUUCCUGAUUAGAGUAUUACUGCCCCUGCACAAGGUGAAAAGUCUCAGUGUCUACCACCCACAGCUGGCCUAUUGUGUGGUGCAGUUCCUUGAGAAAGACAGCAGCCUCACAGAGCCAGUGAUCGUAGGUUUGCUCAAGUUCUGGCCAAAAACACACAGUCCAAAGGAAGUGAUGUUUCUGAAUGAACUGGAAGAAAUUCUCGAUGUCAUUGAACCUUCGGAAUUUGUGAAAGUAAUGGAACCUCUGUUUCGACAGCUCGCCAAAUGUGUGUCCAGUCCACAUUUUCAGGUGGCAGAGCGUGCUCUCUAUUAUUGGAACAAUGAGUAUAUCAUGAGUUUGAUCAGUGAUAAUGCGGCCAAGAUCCUCCCUAUAAUGUUCCCUGCACUCUACAAAAACUCUAAAAGUCAUUGGAACAAGACAAUCCAUGGAUUAAUUUACAAUGCAUUGAAGCUAUUUAUGGAGAUGAAUCAGAAGCUGUUUGAUGAUUGCACUCAGCAGUACAAAGCAGAGAAACAAAAGGAGAAAUUCAAACUGAAAGAGCGCGAGGAGAUAUGGCAAAAAAUUGAGAAUCUCGCCCAACACAAUCCUCAGGCCAGUGCGUUCAUUGAGUCAUCUGCUGUCAGCCCUGUGUUUUCCAUGGAAACGGAGACUCCCACUACAGAGGACAUCCAGCUGCUGAAGAAAGCGGUGGAGACUGAGGCUGUUCAGGUGAAAGAGAAGAUAAAAAAAGAGAAGGCUUUGCUACGCCGAAAGUCAGACCUGCCUCAGGAUGUGUACACUAUAAAGGCCCUCGAAGCACACAAGCGGCCAGAGGAAUACCUCAGCUCGAAUCAGGAGGCGCUCUGACGGGCAGUGCCUGCCCUACCCCUGGCCCCAGUCCCAGGAUGUUCGCAGAGAUGUACUCUGUCAGUGUAAAGCAUAGAAUGAACUGUUGAUCAGUGUUUAUGUAAAGCUGCAUCCAUUCUUUUGUUCCCUGCUUCUUUUCCGUUUUCCCCAUUUGUUGUUGUUUCCUGCAUCCAUCUACUGUUCCAGUCUGUCAGUUGGAUGGGUUUAUAUUUUACUGUUGUACAAGAAAAUCACGUGGACAAUAGCAAACAUAUGAUGCCCAGAGACCGCAAGAAAGCAAACUGCUACAAAGGCCUAGAGAAGUAGUUGGCACUGACCCCUCAAUUUGUCUUUAGUCUAAACAUGGUCUGCAUAGUCCCCACAGUUAUUAUCUAGCCUAAAGGUGGUUUGCUCUGUACCCUGUGGCUCUGUCUUAACCUAAGGCCGAUGUGCACUGUCCCCUGUGGCACUGGCUAACCUACGGCUGGUGUGCACUGUCCCCUGUGGCUGUGUCUAACCUAUGGCCGGUGUGCACUGUCCCCUGUGGCUCUGUCUAACCUACGGCCGGUGUGCACUGUCCCCUGUGGCACUGGCUAACCUACGGCUGGUGUGCACUGUCCCCUGUGGCUCUGUCUAACCUACGGCCGGUGUGCAUCGUCCCCUGUGGCUCUGUCUAACCUACAGCCGGUGUGCACUAUCCUCUGUGGCUGUGUCUAACCUACGGCCAGUGUGCUCUGUCCCCUGUAGCUGUGUCUAACCUACAGCUGGUGUGCACCAUCCCCUGUGGCUCUGUCUAACCUAUGGCCGGUGUGCUCUGUCCCUGUGGCUGUGUCUAACCUAUGGCCGGUGUGCACUGUCCCCUGUGGCUCUGUCUAACCUACAGCCGGUGUGCACUAUCCUCUGUGGCUGUGUCUAACCUACGGCCAGUGUGCUCUGUCCCCUGUAGCUGUGUCUAACCUACAGCUGGUGUGCACCAUCCCCUGUGGCUCUGUCUAACCUAUGGCCGGUGUGCUCUGUCCCUGUGGCUGUUCUAACCUAUGGCCGGUGUGCACUGUCCCCUGUGGCUCUGUCUAACCUACGGCCGGUGUGCUCUGUCCCCUGUGGUAUUGUCUAACCUAUAGCAGGUGUGCUCUGUCCCUGUGGCAGUGUCUAACCUACGGCCGGUGUGCUCUGUCCCCUGUGGUAUUGUCUAACCUAUAGCAGGUGUGCUCUGUCCCUGUGGCUGUGUCUAACCUACGGCCGGUGUGCACUGUCCCCUGUGGCUGUGUCUAACCUACGGCCGGUGUGCACUGUCCCUGUGGCUCUGUCUAACCUACGGCCGGUGUGCACUGUCCCUGUGGCUGUGUCUAACCUACGGCCGGUGUGCACUGUCCCCUGUGGCUGUGUCUAACCUAUAGCCGGUGUGCACUGUCCCCUGGGGCUGUGUCUAACCUACGGCCGGUGUGCACUGUCCCCUGUGGCACUGUCUAACCUACGGCUGUUGUGCUCUGUCCCCUGUGGCUGUGUCUAACCUACGGCCGGUGUGCACUGUCCCUGUGGCUCUGUCUAACCUACGGCUGUUGUGCUCUGUCCCCUGUGGCUGUGUCUAACCUACGGCCGGUGUGCACUGUCCCCUGUGGCACUGUCUAACCUAUGGCCGGUGUGCACUGUCCCCUGUGGCUGUGUCUAACUUUCGGCCGGUGUGCACUGUCCCCUGUGGAUGUGUCUAACCUACGACCGGUGUGCACUGUCCCCUGUGGGCUCUGUCUAACCUAUGGCCGGUGUGCACUGUCCCCUGUGGCUGUGUCUAACCUACGGCCGGUGUGCACUGUCCCCUGUGGCUGUGUCUAACCUACGGCCGGUGUGCACUGUCCCCUGUGGCUCUGUCUAACCUACGGCCGGUGUGCGCUGUCCCCUGUGGCUCUGUCUAACCUACGGCCGGUGUGCACUGUCCUCUGUGGCUGUGUCUAACCUACGGCCGGUGUGCACUGUCCCCUGUGGCACUGUCUAACCUACGGAAGGUGUGCGCUGUCCCCUGUGGCUGUGUCUAACCUAUAGCCGGUGUGCACUGUCCCCUGUGGCUCGGUCUAACCUACGCCGAUGUGCUCUGUCUAACCUACGGCCGGUGUGUUCUGUCCCCUGUAGCUCUGUCUAACCUAUGGCCGGUGUGCACUGUCUCCUGCUUCUCUCUCUAACCUAAGGCUAGUCUGCAGUGUCCAGUCAUCCACCUGACUUUAUUGAUGGCUGACUAGAGCAUUGUUGAGAAAUCAAUGGUUUUGUUUCGUACAAAUCACUGUAAAGGUUAAAAAGUAGAUUUCCAGAAAUGGCAUCAAGUACCUGUCAGUGCUCUGUAUUUUUGCUUCUCUCCUUUUGUCCCUUUCUCCACUGAACAGUUUGGCCUGAUGCUGUGAGAUUAUUAUACAGGUGUCUGCUAUUCUCUCAUUUCAUGUAGUCAAGCUUUUUAGCCACAGAAUUUAUCACUCUGUCCCUGUCCACUGCAGCACUUAUCAAGAUAGCAACUUGAGAAGCGUGGCUGGUAUACCCUGUACUCUCCCAGUAGAACUGAAGUCAAUUGUUUGUACUUAAGCCCCUCUCUGGUAAAGUUACAGUUGAGACCAAUCUGGACAGCUCAACACCAUACUUUUCAGUGCUGAUACUCUGUAAUCAAAAUGGUUGAACAGGGUGAAGUUCAAUUCAGGGUAACUCUUCAGCAAAUAAUUGGGUCUGUUGCCCUAGAGUUUCUUUCACCCCCUUUAUAUGCAGUCAGCAGUUAUGUAACAUUCAGUGAACGAUAGACAUAUGAAUAUCACACUGAAACACUUCAGGAUAUGGCAGUGGUCAUCCUUAAAAUCUGGCACCAGUAUUCCCCAUGUUACAGUGCUGAUGAUCACAGUACCAAGCUAACCCUCUGGCAGCACCUUCACAAAGUGAAUUGCCUUUUGUUUUUUUUUAAAUUUUAUGUUAUUAACUGUGAUCAUAAGGACUGUAACCCUGAUCAUUGCAGGUGUGAUCUGUUUCUCCAGCUUCUCCUAACUGCUUCCACCAUGUUCCUUUCUCACCAAUGAAAAUAAAGCAUUUGGUACUA